AUGUCGGACUUCGACAAGACUGAAGUUCUAGAGACGGGGGAUCCUGCAACGGAGUCGGGGGAUUCCAUCCCUCACGAUGCAAAAACUCCAGGGUAUUCGGAGAAGAAUGCUGUGCAGGCGUAUCCGUCCGCAACGGUUGAUGGCCAUGGUACCUCUCUGAGGCGACUUUUCAGCUUCGCCCAGCUUCUGGCCUUUUCGUUGACGUUCAUGGAAUCUUGGGAAGUCAUGGCUAUCAACAUCUCGGCCACCUUCUGGAACGGCGGCCCGCAAUCCCUCAUCUGGGGCUGUAUUGCAGUGGUGAUCGGGUCUCUUGCUCAAGCCUAUUCCAUGGCUGAACUGGGCUCGAUUCUCCCCAUAGCCGGUGCCCAGUACCAUUGGACGCAUAUCAUGGCGCCCGAGAGCGCGCGAAAGUUCAUUACCUGGAUGCAAGGGUGGGUGACUUGGUUCGCCUGGGUGUCGGCCCUCGCGGGCAGUACCUCCGGCGAGGCGGCUCUCUUACAAGCCCUGAUCGCCGAGAAUGUGCCUGGAUACACGGCGGAGAGAUGGCAUCUGACCUUCAUCAUGUGGGCGCUACUGAUCAGCUGCGGGCUCAUCAACACAUACACAUUCUGGCUUGUCCCAUGGCUGGAACUGGCCUCGGGCAUCUUGCAUGUCCUCCUGUUCAUCAUCUUCGUCGUCGUCCUAGCGGCCCUUGCUCCAAAGCACGACUCGCACUUCGUCUUUUUCACCGAUUCCAUCUUGUCCGGCUGGGAUCGGAGUAGCUUUGUCGCUUUCAACCUGGGCAUGCUGGUGCCCGCAUGGGGCUUCAUAGGAUUCGAUGGCGUCGUCCACAUGUCUGAAGAAGUCCGCCGAGCGAAACACGCUGUCCCGCGAUCCAUGAUCUUGACCAUUGUGAUCAACGGUGUCAUGGCUUUUGGCAUUAUCCUGGUUCUGCUCUACUGUUUGGGGGACCUCGACGAUGCGUUGGACGCUUCCUAUCCCAUCAUCCCCAUAUGUCUGAACGCGACGGGUUCAAUGGCCGCUGCCAAUGCGAUGGUUUCCGGGCUUAUCAUCAUCACUUACUUUGUGGUCGCCGCCAGCGUCGCUUCGGUUUCGCGGAUUACCUGGGCAUGGGCUCGAGACGGCGCUCUGCCGCGAUGGCUUGCGGUUAUUGAUCGCAAACGCCACGUCCCGACGAACGCCACUUGGCUCCCGAUCGUCAUCGUGUGUCUCCUCUCCCUCUUUGAAAUCGGAUCAACAACGGGCACGGCCUUCAGCGCAUUCACCGCCCUGUCGUCCCUGGGGCUAUACACCUCAUACAUCGUUGCGAUCUCGUGCAUCCUGCACGCGCGCCUGACGGGUCGUCUGUCCGACAAAUCCGGCGCGCCUGUCCACUACGGCGGCUGGCGCAUGUGGAAGGGCUGGGGCACCCCGGUCAACGUCUUCGCCCUGUGCUGGACCAUCUACCUGACUGUGUGGUUACCCUUUCCGACGACGUUGCCUGUCACUGGCACGAACAUGAACUACGCACUGCCCAUCUAUGCGUUCGUGGUGCACUGCUCGCUGGGGUCUUGGUUUCUUUGGGGCGAGAGGCAUUGGCCUGGGCUGAACCUGGCGGCCAUCGGGAUGGUUGAGGGGCACGAUUAG